AUGGUCUCUGACGUCGCGAUGAAGUUGAUCAGCGCGGCCAUGAUCUUCACGGUGGCCCUCGUCGCAGCGGUGCUCAGUCGCGUCACCAGCCACCUGGCGCCCAAGGUGGUUGGAGUGAUCAAUUCUGGUGCCGGUGGCAUUCUGCUGGCCGUGACGCUGGUGCACAUGUUGAGUGAUAAUUCCGGUGAUCUGGAUGCUGCCGGGACGUCCAUUUUCCAGUUCUUCACAGGCACUGAAGACGGUUCCUUUCCUUUGGGCUUUGCUCUAUGCGGCCUGGGCUUUCUGACCAAUGUGAGUGUGGCCGUCUUCUUGCCAGAUAGAUCUCAGGAACAUACCUCUCAUUCGAAUUGGGAAGAUGACAGCAGCUCUGCUUCCAGCAGCCCUGGACGAGAUCUAGUGGAGCUGAGCCAUCAACACUCUUGUGUUAGUGGCCUAUCUGGCUUGUUUGGCUUGUGUGUGCACUCGCUGGUGGCUGGAACUGCUGCCGGUGCUGCUGAAGGUAUGGGGUCCUUUGGUCCUACCGUCAUUGCAAUCUUGGCGCACAAGGGCUUCGCCGCCUUCUCGUUGGGAUCCUUGAUGAUGCCAAGUGUUACAAAGCUGUGUUGGUGGCUGUCCAUGGUGUUUAUGGCCCUGAUGACUCCCGUGGGCAUCAUCCUGGGAAUGCUACUCAUGCAAGACUUCAGUGGUUCAAUCUCCGCUGGGUUGAUUUGCUUCGCAUCAGGGCUUUUGCUUGCAAUCGCCACCUACGACAUGCUGAUGCCUGCUUUACUGUUGGGAAAGGUCACAUGGAGGAGGCAGAGUUUUAUGGUGGCGCUAUUGGGAUUUUGCAUCAUGUCCUUGUUAGCCAUUUGGUCCUAG